AAUAAAUUGGGUUUUCCCAAUUAUAAAAUCCAUCCAUCUCUGUGCUUAAACCCCUUAUCAUUUCAUUUGCGAUCGCAGCCAGCAGCAAACAAGUGAGUGAAUACAUUAGAGUAGCGGGAGGAAAGUGAAGGUGAUGAUCUCAUGACGAAGACGAUGUUGCCUAGAUGUCUUAUUCGGCAACGCCUCACUCUCAACCGCCACUUCUCCUCCCUGUCCAACACAACCAAAGUGCCUGUCCUCUACAAGAGCCCGCAAAUCAACGAAUCAAACCACAACGAUACCAUAACUCUCCAGCUCUUUUCAUGGGGCAGAGGCGCCUCUGGUCAACUUGGUGGCGGCAUCGAAGAAAUAAGGCUUUACCCAGCUCCAGUGGCCAACCUUCAGCUACCGCCUUCCUCCUUCACUCUUUCUCCAACCCCAGGCCAACUUGUUGACAAUAACAACAAAAAGGGAGUGACUGAGGUGGGCAUUUCUUGUGGGCUGUUCCAUUCUGCAAUUCUUGCUGAUGGUCAUUUUUGGAUGUGGGGAAAAGGAGAUGGAGGCCGUCUUGGCUUUGGACACGAGAAUCCUGCUUUUCUACCUACUUUGAACCCUUUUUUGGAUUCCGUUCGCUCUAUUGCUUUGGGCGGCGUUCAUUCUGCUGCAAUCACUUCCCUUGGCCACAUUUUUACCUGGGGCUAUGGCGGUUUCGGUGCAUUGGGACACUCUGUUUAUCAUAGAGAACUCUUCCCUAGACUGGUGGAAGGCUCCUGGGAUGGAAAGAUACGCUGUAUUUCCACUAGUGGCACACAUACCGCUGCUGUCACUGAAUCAGGGGAAGUUUAUACUUGGGGUCGAGAGGAAGGGGAUGGUCGAUUGGGCCUCGGCCCUGGCCGGGGUCCAAAUGAAGGGGGUGGACUUAGUAUACCCUGCAAAGUAAAAACAUUGCCCGUGCCUGUGGCUACUGUGUAUUGUGGUGGAUUUUUCACAAUGGUGCUGACAGAGGAGGGGCAGAUUUGGAACUGGGGAGCAAACUCAAACUAUGAGCUUGGAAGAGGUGAUAAGGUCGGUGGUUGGAGACCGAAACCAAUUCCUAGCCUUGAAGAUGCUCGUAUCAUUCAGAUAGCAGGUGGUGGAUAUCACUGUCUUGCCUUGACUGAUGAAGGUAAAGUACUUUCGUGGGGGUUUGGUGGACAUGGUCAGCUGGGCCAUUCUUCAAUUCAAAGUCAGAAAAUACCGGCAGUGAUUGAUGCUUUGGCUGAUCAGUGUGUCAUUUAUAUCGCCUGUGGAGGUUCAUCUUCGGCAGCUAUAACUGAUAAAGGGAAGCUGUACAUGUGGGGAAAUGCCAAAGAUUCUCAAUUGGGAAUACCUGGCUUGCCUGAGGUUCAAUCAUGCCCAGUCGAAGUCAAGUUUCUAAUGGAGGAUGAUGGAUUGGGACAGCACAGUGUGCUUUCGGUUUCAGUUGGCGCAUCUCAUGCAAUGUGUUUGGUUUUGAGGUCAAGUUAAAGUUGGUCUUGUUGUUUGGAGGCAUGUCAACACAGAGAUUUGUCAAUCUUGGAUAUCUUGCAAUAUCAAGUAGGCUUGGAAUUGAUACAAAUCUGAGGAUGAACUAAUUUGAGGAUGAUUAGCAAAUGAAAAAAAUAGUGCCAUGACAUUAAGAAGAUUAGCUUGUAUUGGAUCUUCCAGAUUCAAGAGGAUGUUCUGCCUCUGUCCGUUGUCUGAAAUCCUUGCAUCACCUGAUAUGCUCAUCUUUACUUCUCGUUGGUUAUUCAAAGUCGUGCUUCCUUUGAAACUAACAUGGUUCCUAAUUACUAUUGAAUGAAUGAGAAGGCUAUGUAUCAACUGAAUUCUUUGGUUAUGGAAGAGUUCACAAUUUUAUUGAA